UCGCCAGUAGCCAGUGUCAUUUUUGGUGCUUUCCUCGCCGCACGAGUUGGCAUUCCCAUAGCUGUCUUUUAUUUGUGAGCUACCAUGGCCGACAAAGCUGCUGCCGAGAAACCCGCCGGACGCCCCAUGCGCUACCCGUACACCUUUUCCGCGAAGAUAGCCCAAUUCCCCAUCAAGCACUACAUCAAGAACCAGUGGAUCUGGCGCUACUACUUCAUUGCGGCCGUGGCCUGCGUGCCCGUGUUCUAUAAGAUCAGCAAGCUGGCCAACUCGCCCGAGAACAAGAAGGCAUGGGCCGAAUCGCAGGCCAAGGAGCACGCCGAGCACCACUAGGCGGCCAGUAAAUUAGUCUUAAUUGUCGCAUUAACAUUUCAGAGCUGUUUGUGUCGGACCCAACGUGAAAUCGGCGAAUAAAUGAUUUGAAACGAA